AUGGACUCCGCAGCAUCAGAUAUCCCUUUUAAAGACCUUGCUUUUCCUCCAGAGAGAUACCCAGGAGAAAAGAGAAGAACCAGUUUAUUCCUGAGAGCCAGGCCCCAGGGCCUGAUGACAUUUGAAGAUGUGACUGUGGAAUUUACCCAGUGGGAGUGGGGGCAGCUGGACCCUGCUCAAAAGGACCUGUAUAGGGAGGUGAUGCUGGAGAACUUCAGGAACCUGGCCUCCCUGGGGCUUCCAUUAUCCAAACCAUAUGUGAUCUGCCAGUUGGAGGAAGGGCAAGAACCCUGCAUGUUGGAGAAAGAAAUCUCAGUAGGUACCCAGUCAGACUCAGAGAGGAGGCCUAAAGUCAAGGGAUCAAUGCCAAGUCGGGGAAUUUCCAAAGACGAAUUACUCCAGGUAGUAUCAGUGGAGAACCACAUUCAAAAUGAAUUCUGGUCCUCCAAACUGAAAACAACACGUGAUUGUGAUGACCAGUUAGAGAUGCCGCAGAUAAAACAGGACAGAUACCUGAAAAAAAUGUCAGCCACUCACAGAUCUACCAUUCUUGGGAGAGAUGAAUGGAGUGAAUUUGGGAGAUGUUUAGGUUUAAGAUCAGUCCUUGCUAACCAACACAGUGUUUCCAUGGGAGAAGGAUCCUAUAAAUGUGAUGAAGAAUGUAUGCAGACUUCAGAGAGUAAUAACGCUCAGAGAACCCAUCCAGAGAAAAAAUCUUGUAAAUGUAAUGAAUGUGGGAAGUCCUUCCAUUUCCAAUCAGAACUUAGGCGCCAUCAGCGAUGUCACACUGGAGAAAAGCCCUAUGAAUGCAAUGAAUGUGGAAGAGCUUUUGGUCACAUUUCAUCCCUUAUUAAACAUCAGAGAACUCAUACUGGAGAAAAGCCCUAUGAGUGCAGUGAAUGUGGGAGAGCCUUCAGCCAGAAUUCAUCUCUUGUUUUACAUUAUAGAUUUCACACUGGAGAAAAACCCUACAGAUGUAAUGAAUGUGGACGAGCCUUUGGUCAUACUUCAUCCCUUAUUAAACAUCAGAGAACUCAUACUGGAGAAAAGCCCUAUGAAUGUAGAGAAUGUGGGAGAACCUUUAGCCAGAGUUCUUCUCUCAUAGUGCAUUAUAGAUUUCAUACUGGAGAGAAACCUUACAAAUGUAAUAAAUGUGGGAGAGCCUUCAGCCAGAGUUCAUCUCUCAUGCAACAUUAUAGAUUUCAUACUGGAGAGAAACCUUACAAGUGUAAUGAAUGUGGAAGGGCCUUUGCUCACACUGCAUCCCUUAUUAAGCAUCAGAAAAGUCAUGCUGGAAAAAAAGCCAUAUGAAUUCAGCAAAGGUCAAAGAGCUAUAUUUCAGCUGGA